AUGGCCGCAUCGACAGAGCAACAAAAGGCCCCUGUGGUCGCUGAGGCCCACCUCGUUGACACCUUCCAUCCCCCCCAAAAGAUGCUUGACAAGCACCCCAGCAAGCCCCACCUGAGCAGUCUCGAAGAAUACCAAAAGUUGUACAAGGAAUCCAUCACCGACCCCAAGGCCUUCUGGGGCACCAAAGCCCGCGAGCUUCUUACCUGGUUCAGCGACUUCCAGACCGUCUACUCCGGUUCUCUCGAGAACGGCGACAGCGCCUGGUUCGCCGAGGGCCAGCUGAACGCCAGUUACAACUGUGUCGACCGUCACGCCUUCAAGGACCCUAACCGCGUUGCCAUCAUCUACGAGGCCGAUGAGCCCGGCGAUGGCCGCAAUGUCACCUACGGAGAGCUUCUGCGCGAGGUCUCCCGUACCGCCUGGGUCCUGAAGCAGAUGGGUGUGCGCAAGGGUGACACCGUUGCCAUCUACCUGCCCAUGAUUCCCGAGGCCAUCAUCGCCCUCCUCGCUUGCGUCCGUAUCGGUGCCGUCCACUCCGUCGUCUUCGCCGGUUUCUCCGCCGACUCCCUGCGCGACCGUGUUAUUGACGGAAACUCAAAGGUCGUCAUUACCACCGACGAGGGCAAGCGUGGCGGCAAGUUGAUCGGCACCAAGAAGAUUGUCGACGAUGCCCUUAAGCAGUGCCCCGACGUCUCUCACGUCCUGGUCUACAAGCGUACCGGCGCCGACGUGCCCAUGACCAAGGGCCGUGAUUGGUGGUGGCACGAGGAGGUCGAGAAGUGGCCCGCCUACUUCCCUCCCGAGCGCGUCAACUCCGAGGACCCCCUUUUCCUCCUCUACACUUCCGGUUCAACUGGUAAGCCCAAGGGUGUUCUGCACACCACCGGUGGCUACCUCGUCGGCGCUGCCGCCACCGGCAAGUACGUCUUUGACAUCCACGACGGCGACCGCUACUUCUGCGGUGGUGAUGUCGGUUGGAUUACCGGUCACACCUAUGUCGUAUACGCCCCUCUGCUGCUUGGUGUGACUACCGUCGUCUUCGAGGGCACGCCAGCCUACCCCAACUUCUCAAGAUACUGGGAUAUUAUUGCCGAGCACAAGAUCACUCAGUUCUACGUCGCCCCCACUGCUCUCCGCUUGUUGAAGCGUGCUGGUGACCAACAUGUCAAGGGCGACAUGAAGCACCUGAGAGUCCUCGGCUCCGUUGGUGAGCCCAUCGCCGCCGAGGUCUGGAAGUGGUACUUCGAAAUUGUUGGCAAGGAGGAGGCCCACAUUGUAGACACAUACUGGCAGACCGAGACUGGCUCCAACGUCAUCACUCCCCUGGCUGGUGUGACACCUACCAAGCCCGGCAGUGCUUCCCUUCCCUUCUUCGGUAUCGAGCCGGCCAUUAUCGACCCUGUUUCCGGCGAGGAGAUUCACGGUAACGACGUGGAGGGUGUCCUGGCCUUCAAGCAGGCCUGGCCCAGCAUGGCCCGCACAGUUUGGGGCGCCCACAAGCGCUACAUGGACACCUACCUCAACGUCUACCCGGGCUACUACUUCACUGGUGACGGCGCUGGCCGUGACCACGAGGGAUUCUACUGGAUCCGCGGACGUGUCGACGACGUCGUCAACGUCUCCGGUCACCGCCUUUCCACCGCUGAAAUCGAGGCCGCGCUCAUUGAGCACCACGCCAUCGCCGAGGCCGCCGUUGUCGGUGUUGCCGACGAGCUCACCGGCCAGACUGUCAACGCCUUCGUUGCCAUCAAGGACGGCAACGAGCCCACAGAUGCGCUCCGCAAGGAGUUCAUCAUGCAGGUCCGCAAGAGCAUUGGUCCCUUCGCGGCGCCCAAGGCCGUCUACAUCGUGCCCGACUUGCCCAAGACCCGCUCCGGUAAGAUCAUGCGCAGAAUUCUGCGCAAGAUCUUGGCCGGUGAGGAGGACCAGCUUGGUGACGUAACAACGCUGUCGGAUCCCUCAAUCGUUGAGAAGAUCAUCAACAUCGUUCACGAGGAGAAGAGGAAGAAGUAA